GAGAGAGAUGGUGCCACCGUGGUACCAUUCGGUUGGGGCUGCCCAAACUUUUAUGCUCCCGCCAAGGCCAGAGGUUUGGCUAUUUAAAUCGAAGCUCGUCGGGUACAGUCAUUUCUGGCUAGCGAAAACGAAGAAGACUGAGGUUUUCUGGUGGAAGAAGAGCAAUCGUAUAGAGAAGCCUAAUCAGUAAUCACUGUGACGAAGGAGAUUUCUGCUUCAUGGAAUCUGAAGCUGAGGUACUUCAGAGUUCCUCAAGUAAUGACCUUUCUUAGUUUGUCACUGAGGGUUGGGAACUUGUGGACAGUGACAAUUUCUUUUCAGAAUCGUCAUUUACCUCAAGGCUCUGAUGAUCCUGACAGUUGGCUAGUUGUGCAGAAUGACUCCACCAAGGGACCCACAGUCAGAAUGGAACUCACGGAGCUUUUGAACCAGCUUUUCAGCAAUGAAGAGGUGCGAAUUCUGAUGGUUGGUCUCAAUGACGCUGGUAAGAGCACCAUCCUGGAGAUGCUACAUCACGGUGAGACGCUACGUAUCGGUGGUGGGAUGAUAUACAAAUCAAUUGAUAAUACUGGUGGAUGUACAUUUGAGUGCCUGGAAGGCAAGAACAUCAAAUUCACAGUCUGGGAUGUUGGGGGUCAGGAGGACGAGCUGCAAGAGGCUGUGUUGCUUGUUUUCGCCAACAAACGUGAUCUUCCCAAUGCAAUGAAUGCUGCUGAAAUUACUGAUAAGCUAGCGCUUCACUCUGUCCGACAACGUCACUGGCACAUCCAGAGCACUUGUGCAACCCUUGAACAGGGCAUAUAUGAAGGCCUGGAUUGGCUCUUUAACAAGAUUGCUAAGAAGGAUUGAUCCCUAUUUGGGAGUCAUUUUGAGGACUGGCAAUUCUGAUGCACAGGCGGAUAUUUCAUAAUUCGUGUUUUUAUUUCCUCGAGACAAUUGAAUUUGUUGUUCAAUUCUUUUUUCCUGCAAAUGGUCGUUUCAUUUGUAGGAUUUCAAUAGAAGAAAAGCGGUUGGUCAAAAUGUAUAGAUUUAAGCUUGUGAUUGAAUUCGGAUAGUGUUCUGAGUUGUAAUUGGAUUUUGACAUACCCUCCUUUCCUUCCAAGUUGGACCGUUUACUUUCCGUUAUUCUUUUCUGCU